AUGUCUGAGGAAGAAUCUGAUUAUUAUACAGAAGAUUCAGGUGACGAUUUUGUUCCUUCUCCAAAGAGACCAAGAUCAAGAAACGCGUUCAAAGCAAUGCUGUUGUCGGAUUCAGAUGAAGAUGAUUUUGAACCUGCUCCAAAAAAGCCAGCAGCAAAGAAAGCAACAAAAACGUCAAAGGCUGUGAUAGAGGAUGAUGAUGAAGAUGAUUUUGUUGUGACUUCCAAAAAGAAUACACCUUCAAGUGUAAGUGUUUCUGAUUCAGAUGAAGAUGAUUUUGUUCCUAGUCCAAAGGCGAAGCCAGCUAAAAAGACUACUAAGAAGAAACAACCACUUUCUGACUCUACUAAUAACACUAGUACCACUCCUAGUACUAAAUCCGGUUCAUCUACUCCUAAUCCAGCAAGUGCAUCGGAGACGUAUCAGAAGUUGUCUCAAUUGGAACAUAUCUUAAAGAGACCAGACACGUAUAUUGGAUCUGUUGAAAAAACCAAAAUGGAAAUGUGGUGUUUUGAUGCCGAAACAGAGUCAAUGGUUUUUAAAGAAGUAACUAUUGUUCCUGGUUUAUACAAAAUAUUCGAUGAAAUUUUAGUUAAUGCUGCGGAUAAUAAGAUUAGAGAUCCAACUAUGAAAAAUAUCAAAGUGAAAAUUGAUCCAGAGAAUAAUACUAUUGAAGUUAUGAAUGAUGGUAAAGGUAUUCCAGUUGAAAUGCAUACCAAAGAAAACAUGUAUAUUCCUGAAUUGAUUUUUGGUAACUUGUUGACAUCUUCAAAUUAUGAUGAUAAUCAAAAGAAAGUCACUGGUGGUAGAAAUGGGUUUGGUGCCAAGUUGUGUAACAUUUUCUCUACUCAAUUUGAAGUUGAAACAGCUGAUUUAAAUACUGGGAAAUUAUAUAAGCAAGUUUGGACAGAUAAUAUGACUAAUGUUGCCAAACCCAAGAUAACCACAUUGAGAACUAAAAAAGAAUACACCAAAAUUACAUUCAAACCUGAUUUAGCUAAAUUUGAUAUGGACAGUUUGGAUGAAGAUUUAUUGGCUGUGUUAAGAAGAAGAGUUUAUGAUUUAUGUGGUACCGUUAAAAAUUGUAACAUUUAUCUUAAUGAUAAAAGAUUGAGUAUCUCAAGUUUUAAAAGUUAUGUUGAAAUGUAUGUCAAAGCUAUUAGAGAACGAUCUCCAGAGCCAUUAACUGAAGAUGGUACUUCUAAAAACUUCACUACCAUUGUUCAUGAAGUUUUCAACGAACGAUGGGAAGUUGCAUUUGCUGUGAGUGAUGGUACAUUCAACCAAGUCAGUUUUGUCAAUUCUAUUGCCACAACUGCUGGUGGUACUCAUGUCAAAUAUGUUUCUGAUCAGAUUAUUAACAAAUUGGUUGAAACGUUGUCGAAGAAAGAAAAAGGUAAGAAGAAACUUAUGAUUAAACCACAAGAAGUUAGAGAUAAUAUGUUCUUGUUUAUCAAUUGUCUUAUCGAAAAUCCAGCAUUUACUUCACAAACUAAAGAACAAUUAACUACUAAAGUUUCACAAUUUGGUGGUAAACAAAAAUUCGUUGCUAAUGAUAAUUUAAUCAAUCGAAUUUUGAAGACCAGUAUUGUUGACAAAAUCAGAGCAAUUGCCAAUGCCAAUGAAGAUAAAGCUCUUCAAAAAGCUGAUGGUAGUAGAAAACUGCGUAUUAAAGGGCAAGUCAGUUUGGUUGAUGCCAAUAAAGCUGGUACUAAACUCGGUCAUAAUUGUACAUUGAUUCUUACAGAAGGUCUUUCCGCGUUGAAUUUGGCCGUGGCUGGUCUCUCUGUUGUUGGGAGAGAUUAUUAUGGUUGUUUCCCAUUGCGUGGUAAAUUAUUAAAUGUUCGUGAAGCUUCUGCUGAUCAAAUUUCCAAGAAUGCCGAAAUUAAUGCUUUGAAACAGAUUAUUGGUUUACAACAUAAGAAACACUAUACUGCUGAGAAUAUUAAACAGUUGAGAUACGGGCAUAUUAUGAUCAUGACAGAUCAAGAUCAAGAUGGUUCACAUAUUAAAGGUUUGAUUAUUAAUUUCUUGGAAACUUCAUUCCCUGGGUUGUUGGAAAUUCCUGGGUUUUUAUUAGAGUUUAUUACUCCAAUUGUUAAAGUUACCAUCAAAACCAGAGGAUCCGGUAAUAAUCGUGUUAUUCCAUUCUAUACCAUGCCGGAAUUUGAAGCAUGGAGAGAUGGUGAAGGUUCUCAAUGUCGUUGGACUCAUAAGUACUACAAAGGUUUGGGUACUUCUACUCCAAUGGAAGCACGUGAAUAUUUCACGGCCUUGGAUCGUCAUUUGAAGAAAUUCCAUGCUUUACAAGGAGAAGAUGCAAGUUAUAUUGAUUUAGCAUUUUCAAAGAAGAAAGCCGAUGAAAGAAAAGAUUGGUUGCAAGGAUUUAUUCCAGGUACCCAUCUUGAUCCUGAGAUUAACGAAAUUCCAAUUAGUGAUUUUAUCAACAAAGAAUUGAUUUUAUUCUCCAUGUCUGAUAAUAUCAGAUCUAUUCCUUCAGUACUUGAUGGUUUGAAACCAGGUCAAAGAAAAGUUUUGUAUGGUUGUAUCAAGAAAAAAUUAAAAAGUGAAAUUAAGGUUGCUCAAUUGGCUGGGUAUGUAAGUGAAAACACUGGUUAUCAUCAUGGUGAGCAAUCAUUGGUUCAGACCAUCAUUGGGUUGGCACAAAACUUUGUUGGUUCUAAUAAUAUCAACAUCUUAAAACCAAAUGGUUCCUUUGGUAGUAGAGCCGCUGGUGGUAAAGAUUUCUCCGCUGCGAGAUAUAUUUUCACAGAAUUGAAUGAAAUUACUAGAAAGAUAUUCAAUCCAUUGGAUGAUCCAUUGUAUAAUUAUGUUCAAGAUGAUGAACAAACUGUUGAACCAGAGUGGUAUCUUCCUGUUUUGCCAAUGAUUUUAGUCAAUGGUGCUGAAGGUAUUGGUACUGGUUGGUCAACUAAUAUUCCUUCUUAUAAUCCUAAGGAUCUUGUUGCGAAUAUUAAAAGACUUAUGAAUGGUGAAGAAUUGCAAGAAAUGACCCCUUGGUAUAAAGGAUGGGAUGGUGAUAUUGAGCAAUCUGGUCCACAGAAAUAUAAGAUUACUGGUCGUAUUGAACAAGUUGGUGAUAAUGAAGUUGAUAUUACAGAACUUCCAGUUAAAGUUUGGACAAAUAAUUAUAAAGAAUUUUUAUUAGCAGGUUUUGGUACUGAGAAAACACCAGCUUGGAUAAAAGAUAUGGAAGAACAUCAUACUACAAGUAUUAAAUUUGUUGUUAAAUUAACUGAUGCCGAAAUGCAGAAAUCAUUGAGAAUGGGAUUGAUGGAAAGAUUCAAAUUGAUUAGUUCAUUAAGUUUGGGUAAUAUGGUUGCCUUUGAUUCAAUGGGAAGAAUUAAGAAAUAUACUGAUGUUCUUGAAAUUUUAAAGGAAUUUUACUAUUUGAGAUUGGAAUAUUAUGAAAAGAGAAAAUCAUAUAUGGUUGAUAAAUUACAAAGUGAAUUGAUCACUCUUUCUGAAAAGGCAAGAUUUGUUAAACUUAUAAUUGAUAAAAAACUUUCAAUUUCUAACAAAAAGAAGAAAGAUCUUAUUAGUGAGUUGAUUGCUAAUAAUUUUAAAAAGUUAAAAGCAAAUGGCGAACAACAAGAUGCAAGUAGUUUGGAUGGUGAUGAUGACGAAGUAGAAGGAGAAGAUGAUAAUGGUAAUUCAUCUGGUUCUGGUUAUAAUUAUUUAUUAUCGAUGAGUCUUUGGUCAUUAACUAGAGAACAUUUUGAAAGAUUAUUACAACAAAGAGAUCAAAAGGAAGAAGAGCUUAAUGUAUUAUUAGGCAAAACAGCUACAAACCUUUGGGAAGCAGAUCUUGAUGAAUUUAUGGAAGCUUAUGAAGCAUUUUUAAAGAAAGAUGAAGAAGAAAGAGAAUCUUUAGCAAGUAAUGGUAAGAAGAAACCAGCCAAGAGAAGAGCAAGAAAUACUGCAAGUUCAAAAGAUCAACCAGCUUCAAAGAAACUCAAAACUGAACCAAAGGAAACUAAGGUUACAAAAAAGAAGAGUCCUUCUCCAGUGACUGUUAAAAAGGAAACAGUAACAAAAGAAAAGGAAAAACCAGUUGUACCAGAAGAAAAGAAAAAGGGUGAUAUUUUAUCGUUUUUCAAAACAAACAAGGAAGAAAAGAGUAGUGGUACUUCAGAUGAUCCAAUUAGUCUUUUCCUGUCUGAUGAUGAAUUAUAG